UUCAAAACAAAAACAAAUCCGCGGCAGUGAAGUAAAAAACAUCCAUCAGUUUUAUUCUUAUUAGAAUACUUAAGACAUAGUUGUACUUGAAAUUUUCGUACAUAAAUAAAGGAAAAAUGUCUUUAAAGUUUGGUCAUCGCUUUCUUCUUACUCCGUUGCGCCGAUUUAACUGGAAAUAUCCAUUCCCAAAGCAUCUUCAACCAUCACCACCACCUAAAGAAGCAAUUAAUACUGAAAAUAUAGUACGACCUGCACAACCUCUGAGCGGAAACGAUGUCUUUAAUGCGGAAUAUAUUAACAGAAAUCCUCGAAAUUUAGAACAAAUGCUGCUGGAAAUUAAACCCAAUGGUUACGUGUUAGAUUCACCUUGUGUGGUAUAUUGGAACAAGCUGAUCUUUGAAAGAUCGCAACAACACACUACUGCAAAAGUUGUUCAUAAUAGUGGACACACAGUUGUCUCGGCUUCAACGCAAGAAUGGUCAAUACGGAGACAUUUAAAGAGUACUAUUGAUAGUAAUGCAGUUGUAAAUAUCGCCAGAAUACUAGCCCUCAGGUGCCUGCAAAGUGGAAUAUUGUUUGUACACAAAGAGUUCACUCCUCAACAGAUGCAAACAACAAAGGUUCGACUGUUGCUGAAAACAUUGGAAGAGGAAGGGUUACAAACUGAAGAACUGAGUGCUAUUAGACUUAAAAAUGAAUUAUAUUUAUAGUAUUACAUUGCUAAAAUGUAAAUAAAUGUGUUGAUCUAUUUUGAUUCUUUUUCCUUCAGCAGAAAUUAGAAUUUAAUUUAAUGAUUAUGAUUGCAAAAAAAUAUAUUUCAUUUUUGACUAUUUUUUUGUAAAAAUUAUUUUUGAUGUUUACUUGCUUACCUUUUUUUAUUUCUACAAAGGAAAAAAAUCAAAUAUUUAAAUAUUUUAAAACAUUGAAUUGCAUGAGCAGUCUACAUUACUUUUAUAUUAUCAGAAACUGUAUAGUUUUCCUUUUUUCUGUUUUAGAAAAAUGAACUAUUUGCUUUGGUUGUCAUUUGCCUCUUAUUUAGUGAAUGUAGAUAUAUUCAAUAAAUAAGAACAGUAAAUGUAUCCUGUGAGAUUUAAUUACAU